AUUGGUUUGUGAACUGAUUGUGAAGUGAAUUGAAAUCACAAUUAAUAUAAGUUUGUGUCAAAUGUCGGGACAAUUGCUUACGAAAGCCAUUCAAUCGGUCAAAAGCAAAGAGUUUCGUUCAUAUCUAUGCAGGUAUGUGGCCAAUUGGGGGAUACCUAUCGCGGCCAUCGCGGACAUCAAGAAAGAUCCGUCUUUUAUUAGCGGCAAAAUGACAAUC